GCCUAUGCCGCACAGACGGUAGGCAGCCAGCUUAUGGUAACUAACAGACACCCAGAGCCGAUGAAAGCGGACUCAUGUAUUGUCGCCAAAGAUACUACUGCUACUGCUGAAACUAGCGCCACGAUCCCUCCAGGAGAUAUCACUAAAUUGUUGGACAUUAGUCCUCUACCACAAGAUUUUAACACUAGCUCGUAUUCUGCCACGGAUUACGAGGAGAAAGAAAAUAUAGAAAAUGGAAAAUCUAGCUGGAACUCUACUUGUGCAUCGGUCUGA